AUGCGCUCCCCCGCAUUCCGCUCGGUGGCCCUUGGUGCCCGCCGUGCGGCUGCUACCCGUGGCUUUGCCACUGUUGCUGAGGAGGCUGCGGCUAUCAACGUCGCUGACCUCAAGAACAAGGUUGAGCUCAGCUUGAUCGAGUCCGGUAAGGGCUACUACCUCCCUUACGAGAAGAUCGAGGAGAACCUGAAGGUUGUCCGUGACCGUCUCAAGCGCCCUAUGACCAUGUCGGAGAAGGUCGUCUACGGUCACUUGGAGGACCCUCACCACCAGGAGAUCGAGCGUGGUGUCUCGUACCUCCGUCUUCGCCCUGACCGUGUGGCCUGCCAGGACGCCACUGCUCAGAUGGCCCUUCUGCAGUUCAUGUCGGCUGGUCUUGCCAAGACUGCUGUCCCGACUACCGUGCAUUGUGACCACCUUAUCGCCGCUGAGAACGGUAACAUUGAGGACUUGGCUCGCGCUAAGGAUCUCAACAAGGAGGUCUACGACUUCCUUGCCACAUGCUCUGCCAAGUACGGUAUUGGUUUCUGGCGCCCGGGCUCGGGUAUUAUUCACCAGAUUAUCCUUGAGAACUACGCUUUCCCGGGUGGUCUGAUGAUCGGUACUGACUCGCACACCCCGAACGCCGGUGGUCUUAACAUGAUUGCUUGCGGUGUUGGUGGUGCUGACGCCGUCGACGUUAUGGCUAACAUCCCCUGGGAGCUGAAGUGCCCGAAGGUGAUUGGUGUUGAGCUUAAGGGUAAGCUCUCGGGCUGGACCACCCCUAAGGAUGUUAUCCUCAAGGUUGCUGGUGAGCUCACCGUGAAGGGUGGUACCGGUGCCAUUGUUGAGUACAAGGGUCCGGGUGUCGAGUCGCUCUCGGCCACUGGUAUGGCUACCAUCUGUAACAUGGGUGCCGAGAUUGGUGCUACGACCUCGGUCUUCCCCUUCAACUCGCGCCAGGGUGACUACCUGCGCGCCACUGGCCGUGGUGAGAUCGCUGACGCUGCCACCAAGUUCCAGCGCAACCUGCUGCCUGACCGUGACGCCGAGUACGACCGCCACCUCGAAAUUGACCUUGACGCUCUCGAGCCGCACAUCAACGGUCCGUUCACCCCUGACCUGGCUACUCCUCUCUCGAAGUUCAAGGAGGAGGUUAAGAAGAACGGCUGGCCUGAGGAGCUCAAGGUGGCUCUAAUUGGUUCGUGCACCAACUCGUCGUACGAGGACAUGUCGCGUUCGGCCUCGAUUGCCCAGCAGGCUAUUGCCCACGGCCUCAAGGUCAAGUCGGGCUUCACUAUCACCCCUGGUUCGGAGCAGGUCCGUGCUACCAUUGAGCGUGACGGUCAGAUGCACACCCUCAACGAGGUUGGUGGUACUGUCCUUGCCAACGCUUGCGGUCCUUGCAUUGGUCAGUGGAACCGUCACGAUGUGAAGAAGGGCGAGAAGAACUCGAUUGUUACUUCGUACAACCGUAACUUCAGCGGUCGUAACGACGCUAACUUUGCCACCCACGCCUUUGUGGCUUCGCCCGACCUGGUCACUGCCAUGGCCUUCGGUGGUAGCCUGACUUUCAACCCGAUGACUGACUCGCUUGUUGGCUCGGACGGCAAGGAGUUCAAGUUCAAUGCUCCGACUGGUAUUGACCUGCCGGCGAAGGGUUACGACCCGGGUGAGAACACCUUCCAGGCCCCGCCUGCUGAUGGCUCGAACGUUGAGGUGAUUAUUCGCCCUGACUCGGAGCGUCUCCACUUCCUUGAGCCGUUCAAGCCGUGGAAGAAGGAGGACCCGAAGGACCUUCCUGUCUUGAUCAAGGUCAAGGGCAAGUGCACCACUGACCACAUUUCGGCUGGUGGUCCCUGGCUCCGUUACCGUGGUCACCUGCGCAACAUCUCGAACAACUGCUUGAUUGGUGCCACCAACGCUGCCAACGACGAGACCAACAACGUCCAGAACUACUACACUGGUGAGUGGGGUGCUGUCCCGGCCACCGCCGCCUUUUACCGUGACAACGGUCACCCGUGGGUUGUGAUCGGUGACGACAACUACGGUGAGGGUUCGUCGCGUGAGCACGCUGCCCUGGAGCCUCGUUACCUGGGUGGUUUGGCUAUCAUCACCAAGUCGUUCGCUCGUAUCCACGAGACUAACUGCAAGAAGCAGGGUCUUCUGCCCCUGACCUUCAAGAACUCGGCCGACUACGACCUUGUUCGCCCUGAUGACCUGGUUGACCUCGAGGGUGUGCAGACUCUUGCUCCUGGCAGCACCGUCACCCUGGUUGCCAAGCACAAGGAUGGUUCGGAGGACCGCAUUCCUCUGCAGCACAGUUUCAACGAGAACCAGAUCGAGUGGUUCAAGGCUGGUAGCGCCCUCAACCUGAUGGCGUUGAAGGCCAAGUCUGCUUAA